AUAUGCUUUCAGACCCAUCCUCUAGUUCAAAAUUCUCAGAUUUACUUCAUUUCAUACUUAAUUCAAACAAAAAGUCAAAUAAAUUCUAAAGAAUUCUCCCUCAAUUAUCAAUCACAGAGACUCUAAAUAAUUCCAUUAAAAAUGGCCGCUCCAGAAUUUAUUCUUUAAAACAUGAACCUACUGGUUUCAUCACUUCAAGGAUUGAGUUUAUACAAAACACAGGAGAUUAUUGUUACAAAGCUUUGAAUCAACAAUCCUUAUCAUUAAAACAUUAGCGAGGGAGAAUUGAAGAUUCAAUGGAGAAAUCCGUAGGAGCUAGUCCAUCAGUACAUUCAUAUUAAACAACAAAGGUAAUUGAGACAUGAUAGGAAGUUUAAAUACCCAUCUAUGUUAGAGUCAAUUAGAUAAAGGAGAAAUUAUAACCUCUAAAAGUACCUAGAUGACAAUCUAUCAGUAUUCUGUGAUAUAAUUAAGAAGAAGGACAUGGAAAAAUUGAUCAGCUUUUUACACUAUCCUUUUCAAUAUUCUUAAGAAUAAAACGUAACCUUAAAAGAUUCAUUAAUAGCUCCUAAGUACCUUCUGUGAGUUACUUUAUUUCAUUGGCUAUUUCGGCAAUACCAUUGUACAAUUAAAUAAGGCAACAUUUUUAUUCAAAGAUUGUUUGAAACUAUCAGAAUUGUGUAGAAAUCAUCAACUGAAAAUCAAGAUCUUGAUUUAAUUAUUCUCAAUUUCAAAACAGUAAAAUUGUUGCAAUAAAUAAUAGAUUGAAAUAAUAUGAUAAGGCGUAUAAAUUUAUAUUGAAAGCUCUCUCUUAUGCUUGGGCUGAAAAUCUGGAUGAUUAUGAAAUAGAAUGUUAUGAUAAAUUGGGGAUUUGUUAUUUCUAUUAGGGAGACAUUCUCAAAGCAGAUUACUUCCAUAAUAAGUGGGUGAAAUGUGAGAUUGAGCCUAGAGAUUCUUAUUAUAGAAUUACAUCCAAAGAAUUCAUCUAAUUAUACGAACGAUCUUAACCUAUUUGUAGAGAAUUUGAUGAUAAAAUAUCUAGAUAUAUUCAUAUUCCUUUUAUAAAUGUGAAAACAGGGUAUGCAUUUGAUUUCAAUUCCACCUUGAAAUAUAAUAAUUGUGAGGCAAUCCCAUUAUUAAAUGAAAUUCUACAUGGACAUGAAUAUACUGAAUAUUUUGUAGAAUACCAUUAUAUAGAUUAAACAUAGAAACAACAUUUAAAGAAAUCAUCAUUGCCUAGAAGAGCUCUUGAAAUUAUGUCCAAGUAUGACAAAAAUAAGGAUAAAUAUGGAUUUGAUCAUAAAAUUCAUGAAAAUCCCAUUUACAAGUUGUCCCUUUAGGAAAAAGUAAAUUAUAGAAAGACUAAAUUCUAUUCACUUGAUUCAGUAGAAUAAAACAUCUAAAAAUAUAUUUCAUAAUAGAGGGAACCUUUUAAAAAGAGUGAAAAGAUUUAUGUUAAGGAAUCCCAAAGAAAAGAUUUAUCACCGGAAAAUGGCAAUUAAUUAUCCUUGCAUUUUAAAAAACUUCUAGUUAGCAUAAUUGAUUAAAAUUGA